AUGUCAAAAUCCAAUUCCAAGCAAACCAUUGCCGUUAACGGCGAACAACUCUACACUAUCUACGUCGGCAAAGCCUUCAGCGAGUGCUUUUCCGUAGAUAAGGACCUUGAGACGCUCCUGCGGGCCGCCUCGCCUUUUUUUGCUGCCAAGUUCCACGAACAGAAGCGUUUAAUCAAAUUGCCAACAUUUGACCCCCAAGAUUUUCGGAGCUACAAAGACUGGCUGCACACUCGCCGCGCUAGCCCUCACCGUCAAGCAGACUUCAUCGAGAGUAGAUGCGAGAAUGAAUGGGGUCAUAUCUGCCAGGCGUACGUGCUCGGCGAACGUCUACAAGACUACAGUUAUUGUAACGUAAUGGUAGAUGUGCUAGCAAAGAAAUCUAGCACAGCCUCAGACCAGUCUGUCAAAGAUAUUCUCGCGUGCGUCGAGAAUGUCUUUACCAGGACCGCGCGGACAUCUCCAAUUCGAAACCUGCUCAUCGAUACGGUCUACAGUCGCAUUUUCUCCACCCUUCCAGACGCCGAGUGCAUGACCAGACUGGAAGCCCUACCCAUGGUACCUCAGUUCACCGCCGGCUUGUUUAUGCGGAAGGGCAAGAGCAUCAAACCCCAGUGGUCAGAUCCUUGCCAGUACCAUCGCCACGACCGUGGAGAACCAUGCUUUGCCGAUACCGAGCCCUCAAUAUGGAAAGACAUGCGUGCCAUGUUCCACGAUUGGUGCAGCUUCAUCUGCACCAAUGCCAAGGGCAUCAGCGACUCAUACCAGGCAUUCCGACCAUGCGUCUCAAGUACCUACACUGUCCUGAAGAAGCUCGGCACGAAGUGCACGGCUGCAUUCUCUUGGUGCAGAGCCUUGGUGAAGGCGCAUCUUUAG